UAUCGGCAAUAAAGAUACGAAGGCGCGAGCCGCCGUCGUACGGCCACCCGUUCAUUAGUCCAGUCGGUGCUCGCAUUUCGUUCGUGACGCGGACACUGGUUUGUCCCUUCGACCUCCCCCCAACCAGCCCCUCCUGUAAUCGACUGUCGAACCUUCCUCCCUCUUGGUCGGAACUUCGACACGACCGUAUCUACUGAUAGCUCGAGACGCUCGCCCCCGUAAAGCUGCAGCAUGGAGGGCGCCGAGCCCAAGAAGACCAUGAACGAGAAGAGCUACAUACUCGACUCGAGGAAGCCCUUCGAGGACGAGGAUGAGGAUGACUCUGGAAAAUUCACGAGCCUACCGCUUGCCAGCUUUAACUUCAUUAAUUCUAUUAUAGGAAGUGGCGUCAUCGGUAUCCCGUAUGCGCUUCAUCAGGCAGGUUUUGGACUUGGAAUUGCGCUUUUGAUCAUCGUCGCAGUACUUACUGACUACUCUCUAAUUUUGAUGGUCAGGAGUGGACAUUUGUGCGGCGAAAUGAGUUAUCAAGGUUUAAUGCGGGCUAGCUUCGGACGUCCUGGCUUUUAUAUUCUGACUGCGCUACAGUUUGUUUAUCCAUUUAUCGCAAUGGUGUCAUACAAUGUCGUUGUGGGUGACACGGUAACGAAGGUUCUUAUUCGCGUAACUGGACUAGGAAAGGAUAAUUUCAUUGUUAAACGAGAAUUUGUUAUCUUCCUUGCGACGCUUUUAGUCGUGAUUCCACUCUGCUUAUACCGAAAUGUCGCUCGCUUAGCGAAAAUUUCAUUUCUAUCGUUAGUCUGUGUUGGCUUCAUUCUCCUAGCAAUUUUCAUCAGGAUGGAUUCUAUGUCUUCAAUUGUGCCGAGUCACCCGGAUAGCUGGAGAUUCGGUAAUUUGGCAGGGAUAAUCCCAUCGGUGGGCAUAAUGGCAUUCGCCUUCAUGUGCCAUCACAAUACAUUUCUAAUCUACGGUUCGAUCGAGCGUGCAACGCAAGAAAAAUGGGAUGUCGUCACGCACUGGUCCCUCUUUACGUCCUUCCUCAUUGCCGCGGCGUUCGGCAUCGCUGGCUACGCGACCUUUACCGGCUAUGUCCAGGGUGAUCUUAUGGAAAACUACUGCUGGACUGAUGACCUCAUGAAUUUCUCGAGAGUUAUGUUUUCAGGCACGAUUCUGCUUACUUUUCCCAUCGAGUGCUUCGUUACACGAGAGGUAAUAAUGACCGCAAUACGCGGCACAGACGAAGUCGAGAACCACGAUGCUUAUAUUGCUGGCUCGGACCGCAAGUACCUGAUAAUCACUAUGGCAAUAAUCUCGGUAGCAUACCUCAUCUCCAUGUCGACGGACUGUCUUGGAAUCGUCCUUGAGCUGAACGGUAUCCUCGCUGCGGUGCCACUAGCCUAUGUCCUACCAGCUCUCUGCUACCUCAAACUCGAAGAUGGUCCGCUCCUCUCCCCGAAGAAGCUUCCAGCGUUCGGUCUGCUAAUGGCAGGCAUUUUCGCCGCUGUCUCGGGCCUCCUGCUACUCAUCUUCAAUAAUACGUCAUCGGCUUCUUGCGCCCACGGAGGCGUCAUGACUUACUGUCAGCCCUCCAACUCGAGUCUGACUUCCGUCAUAAGCAACGACAGCUUUAAUUCAACAAUUAUGACGACACCACUGAUGAGCGCUGCCGCGAAGACCGUAACCAAGACGGCGACCGAGACGGCAAUCCAGGUGGCAACGAAGGCCGCGACGACAACUGCUGCGACGGCGACCUCCGUAAUAUCCUUAGCAACCUCAACUAUCCGCUCGAUCGCAAAUUCUACCACGCCCCUGAGCUAAGCACUUUUGUCAUUGAUUUGUGAACUAAACAUACAUACCUGAUCGAAUUCAUUUCCUUUAAUGCGCCUGAAUUUCCCAUGAUAUGUGGCGUGCCGUUGCCAAAGUUAACUCAGGUGCUUGUUUAUUGCACACUUUAUGGAGAUGUGUACAAACGUACCUUCAUCAACUUUCCAAGGACAGUUUGUUUCUUAUUCAAAUCGUGUCUCGUAUUUGCUAACGUAAGGUUUAUGAAAUAUAUAUUUGUUGCAUUAGCGAUUCGUGCGGGAUAGGGA